AUGUCUCGCCGUUACGAUUCCCGCACAACCAUCUUCUCGCCGGAGGGUCGUCUCUACCAGGUCGAAUAUGCACUCGAGGCUAUCUCCCACGCCGGUACUGCCAUUGGCAUCCUCGCUAAGGACGGCAUCGUUCUGGCUGCGGAGCGCAAGGUGACGUCGAAGCUGCUGGAGCAAGACACAUCGGCGGAGAAGCUGUACAUCGUCAACGAGUAG